CCACUCUAGUGAUUGUCUGCUGACUACCUACGAGCCCGCUGUAUUCCGCCAUUAUACUCUUUCUUCAUAGCAGCAUGGAUAGGUUGAAAGGGAUAAAGGAACGAUCUAAACUAAGGAGACAACUUUUAGCACAGCAGUUAGGGGCAGCAGGCUCAGACAGCAUUGGACAGCUGCUUGGAAGCAAAGAUGACUUAGAGCCAAAGGCAACAAAGGGAGAAUCCAGCACAAGUGCUGCUGCCAAUGAACCACCUAUCAAGAGACAGGCUCUUGACCAGGCACCUUCUGGCCUUCCUGGAAUGCCUUCUGCAGCACCCAAGGUAUUAGUGUCUGAAGACAAAAGCAAUCUCAAGAAAGUUGAUGAAGAAGAGACUUAUGUUCCUGUUGAGGAGGAGUAUAAAGACUCUAGUCACUUCCUCAAGGGUACUCAGAGUGCAAACCCACACAAUGACUAUUGCCAGCAUUUCGUAGACACCGGACAGAGACCACAGAAUUUCAUCAGGGAUGUGGGACUUGCUGAUCGAUUUGAAGAAUACCCAAAACUCAGAGAGUUGAUCAGAUUGAAGGAUGACCUGAUAGCCAAGAGAGCAACACCGCCUAUGUAUUUGAGGUGUGACCUUGAGACCUUUGCUCUCCAUGACCUUGAUAACAAGUUUGAUGUGAUCCUUGUGGACCCGCCUCUAGAGGAAUAUCAGCGCCGUCAUGCAGGCGUCUCAUUCAAUUUCAAGCCCUGGACCUGGGAUGAUAUAAUGAAAUUAGACAUAGAAGAGGUGGCCGCUCAGAGGUCUUUUAUCUUCUUAUGGUGUGGCUCUCAUGAAGGUCUUACAGAGGGAAGAAAGUGUCUUCGUAAGUGGGGUUUUCGUCGAUGUGAGGAUAUCUGUUGGAUCAAGACAAACAAGACCAACCCUGGUAACACGAAGUACCUCGAGCCUAUUGCCAUCUUCCAGCACACCAAAGAACACUGCUUGAUGGGAAUCAGGGGCACUGUGCGCAGGAGCACUGAUGGCGACUUCAUACACGCCAACGUGGAUAUCGAUCUCAUCAUCACAGAAGAGCCACCCGAGGCGAGUUUAGAGAAACCCACCGAGAUCUUCCAUAUCAUUGAGCACUUCUGCCUUGGUCGCCGCCGCCUACAUCUGUUUGGUAGCGACAGCACCUUGAGACCAGGCUGGCUAACAGUUGGGCCCGACUUAUCAAGUACGAACUUCUCGAGCGAGACGUAUAAGGCGUACUUUAACAGUGAGCCCGAUGGCUACCUUGUCGGCUGUUCCAACGAGAUCGAGUCCCUGAGGCCCAAGUCGCCUGUGAAGAACAAGGGGGACAAUUCUGGGCGGGGAGGUUCCUCCCGAGGUGGAGGCGGGCCAAGGGGUGGGCGUGGCGGACCUGGGGGUCGAGGGAGGGGUGGUUAUCAAGGAGGGAGGGGAAGGGGGUUUCAGCAACGUAUGUAGGGUUACUGAGAAAUUUAACAUUUAUCCAUUACGAGAACCAAAAGUAUGGAUAGCUCAUAUAUGUAUUCAUAUCAGAAACACCCGGAAGUUAAGGUAACACGAUGGCUUUUUGUAACGGUCUACACUUUUGGUUUUCUCCAGUUCUGUAAAUAAAGUAGUGUAUUAUACAACUGAA